AGAGACGAAUGAGAUGCCAACUUCAGCGGCGUGUUAGAGCGUCUACUAGGAAGUCGUUUACAUGUUAUUUGAUGAUAAGAAACAGCUGCAUAUACUGGAUAAGUUCAAACGGAUACUGUGACUUAACAGGUAAGAACAUAACAUCUUACUGUUGUACAAAUUAAAACAAAGUAUUCGGCUGUUUCUAACCUGACGUACGGCUUUGUUUAUGUAGCACAGGCUUAGCCUCCCUGCUAGUUAGCUGGUGAAAGUUAGCAGCCUGGGUUAAGCCGAGCUAAGUCCUGCUAACUAACUAACGGGGGCUGGAUAAACGACUUCGUUAAGGCUGUUUGUAUAUUUUUAGCUUUAUUUAAUCGAAGUUUAAGAGUAGUAGUAGUAGAAUAGCCUUAUUCUACCAUUUUAACGUUAACAUAAGCUAUCGUUAACUUUAUUAGCCGGGGCUUGUUGGUAAGGUUAGCUGUGUUGAACUCACCAAGAAAGGAACUAAACAGAUUAACGUGAGAAGAUCAGCUUCUCCAGAUUUUAAUAUUUCUCUCUGGUUUGGUUUGAAGACUUCUGGACUUGUUUAAAAUCCGUUGUGUUGUGAUAAAAGACUAAACUAUGUCUCUUUAGUUUUCUAAAGCGUACUAAAAAUGUCACAAUCAUCAGUAAUAAUGUGUGAAAUAAUUUAACUCUGAACACAUCCAGAGUAAAGCUAUAAAGCUGCAUCCUUUUACAGUUUAAGGCUUUGAGGAUGUGUGAACAGGACAGUCAAGUCAUUUUAAGUUUAGAGACCCUUAAGUUUUCCUGAAAUUUUCCAGAGUACAUGUUUUAAGGGGUUUAUUACUCUCAGAAGAUGGUUCUUGUCUGUCUGGUUGUUUUUUAAUGAGAGCUAAACUAAGAAAAAACUUCAAUUUAUGUUCGAAUAAGAUGUACAUGCUGUAAGGUCAUUGUAGCUUAAAUUAAGUGUAACGCAAUAUUUUACCACAACAGUGCAGUAUAUUUACUACUGCCACUGCUGCUGUGUGAAUCCUACCUCAAUAUAUGAUAGUAUCCUACCUUAAUGUUGAUAUAUAGUCUGUACCUAUUAUUAUUUUUAUUAUUAUUAUUUUUUCUCUUGCAACUAUUUUUGUACUUUUAAUUCGGUCUGUUUUCUUUUUUUGUAUCUUUUGCACUGAAAAUGGAGAAGCUCUCCAAUCUAGUUGUACCUUCUGAUAAUAAAGGGCAUUCUGAUUCUGAUUCUGAUUCUUCUGACUCUGAUCAGAGUUGAAUUUACUUGGUUAGAUUUUAUUUUUUGCUGUGAAGGAAUCAUUCAGUCAGGUGGCUGUCAUGCAGUAGAGUGAAAGCUUAUAUGUUUUGGCUUUUUUUUCUCACAACGCUGAUGCUGGGAAAUGUAAUGAAGUACAGGACUAUUUACAGAACAUACUGAAGUAAAAAUACAGAUUUUAAAAACUUCUUUAAAAGGUUCUCAAGUACAGUGACAGUAAAUGUGUUAAGUUGCAUUUCUACCUCUGCUAUAGGCAGAAAUACUGGCGUAGUGAUGAUCAUUUAUAAUCAUAAUACAAUUCUUGUUUAGGUUUUCUUAUUUAGCCUGAAAUUAAGCGGUUGGACGUGAAUGUUAUUUGAGAACUUUGUAAUUUGCUUUUGAUAAAUACUUUAUUAAUAACAUUAUUUCCAAGCCCUUCUUGAUCCACAGAGUGAGAGGCCAGAGUACAAUUUCUGAAACUGGCUUUUUGUAAACGUAAUGAAUUUGUGGAUAAGUUAAACUGUGGACUGUUCAGCUGAAAUGAGCUCUUUGUAGAUGUGGAAGACUUCUUGCCGAGCACACACUUUUAUUAAAUACUUUUCGCACGAUAUGACAUGAGUAUUUACAUAAUUAUAAGACCGCACUGACUGGACAGAUGAGCAGGCAGGGGUCCAGAGUAAAGUUAGUUAAACAUCCUGGUUUUCAAAGGUACUUGUUUAGGAAAGUGGGCAGCCUACUUGACUAUUUUUACUUUUAACAGCCUACCAUAUCAAUAAUCAAGGGUCCUCCCCCACCCUCCAUCAGACCUAAAAAUCCGGACUUAUUCAGCUGUAUUUUUCAUUGAGGGUCAUUAUAGUAGUGGAACUAUAUUUAUAACUCUGACAGAUUUUGUUUGAUUAAUAACUUUGCUUGUAGACUACUCUAGAAACUCAAAAAGGCCCGACACAGUUUGUCCUUAAAAGUCCAUUUGAGUUUAUUUAUGAUCUGAAGAAUCUCCUUUUCAAUCUUUGUUACAUUCCAAGGAGUCCUUACCGAAAAGGAUCGCUCACAGAACUGAAUUUUACCUCUUUAUAAGGCUGCAAAAUGAUUAAACUCUCUAAUAUCAAUCAUCCUGUCUGGAGGCCUGUACAUGUGAGACUACGAGCACUGAAAGACUUUCUUCUCUGAAAUAGGAAAAUCAUGGAGGAACAAACUACAGACAUAGAGGUGACGGUCAAAACGUUAGACUCCCAAAGCAGAACCUACACAGUUGGAGCUCAGGUAAAACCAUCAGCUCCUCAUGAUACAGACUAAGUUUUUAUUUCCAGAGAGCUUUUGCAGUGAAUCUGAUCUGCUGUCUUCUAACUUUUUUUUGUAGUUAACAGUGAAAGAGUUUAAGGAGCACAUCGCCCCUUCAGUGGGAAUCCCUGUGGACAAACAGAGGCUGAUCUACCAGGGCAGAGUCUUACAGGAUGAGAGGACUCUGACAGACUACAGUAAGUUAUUCAAGGGUCAAUUAAAGUUAUGAAGAAGUUGUUUUUUUAAGGGAUCUGUCUUAUUUAUUUAUUUUUUUAAAUCACAUCUACACAUAAAUAAUCCUGCCUAUAUUGUUUUGUGGUCAUAGAUUUGUUUACAUUUGCUCUAUAUCUGUUGAGUAUUAUGAGAAUUUCUUGCUGUGAGUGUCUCUUGCUAUUCUGUAGACAAUGAAAAAGGGUAAUAAGACAUCAAUUUAAAGCCAAAAAAGUGUUCUGUAGAAAUGUAACUGUAGCUGGCUGUUGUUGUUCUAGAUGUGGGUGGCAAGGUGAUACAUCUCGUGGAAAGGGCACCUCCUCCACCCUCCCAGCCUGGCUCAGGGUCAGGAGGAACUUCAGCCGACAGCGGGCCUUCCUCUUCCUCCCAGGGAACAUCACAAGUGCCUCCACACGACCGCAAUGCUAACAGCUACGUAAUGCUUGGCACCUUCAACCUGCCUGUCAACAUCAUGGACCCCCAGCAAAUACAGGUAGUUUAUUUUUUUACUUGUGUAGAUAAGCUGCCAGCGAUUGAGUUGUAUUGUUGUGGUGUGCUGUAGUUCUUGUAGUUCAUUCUAGGCUUGUUUGAGCUCAUAUGUUUUUGUUUUUCCCCUGUCAGAUGUCAGUCCAGCAGAUGGUUUCAGGCAUGGGAGACAAUGCCAGGAAUGCCAGAGUCACAACCAGCACUGGGGUAAGGUGGUUGCUAAUCACUCUUCACCCCUCAUAAGAUUUUAUUGUCUUUGUCUGAUGGUCACUUUGUCGUUUUCAGAGUAAUGGGUCCGUGAAUGUGCACAUCGAUAUGGACCAACCAGUGCAGAGCGAGCCGAGGCUGAGGCUGGUGCUGGCUGAGAACCUGCUGAGAGACAUCAACGAUGUCAUCCACAGGAUGGAGGUUCGAGCUCAACUGUUCACAUCCCUCUAGUGAAGAGGACUCACACGCCUCAUCAACAUGAUGAUCAUCUGCAAUAUUUCUUUCUUUUCAGGGUCGACCAACUGAAUCUUCCUCCACCCAAACAGACACCGCCUCCGCAGCUUCUGCUCCUCCUCCUCCCUCGUCUUCUUCCACCAGUUCCACUCCUUCACCCUCUGCCCAGCCCAUGGACACGUCCCCACCUCCAACAACUCCCCCACCUCCACCCACUUCUUCAGCACAAUCUGAGGGACCAACACCUCAACCUGGACCCAAGUGAGACACCCCACAGUAGAAUCAUUUCCACUCCUUACGUUUCUAUCCUUGUUUCAUCUGUUGAGUCUGAUCCUGAUCAUCUUUGCACUUUUUCCCACCUGCAGUCACCCCAGUCCAGCUGAACUGGCCGAGAUGUUGUCUGAGCUGCGCAGGGUGGAGGAGAACCUGCAGCCUUUUAUUCAGAGAGCUCACACCAUCCUGGAGACCGCCACCACAGCAGAAUACAGCAAUAACACAGUAGGAGUCAAACACAGUACAUCCCAUAAUUAUCUGCUGAACUGAAGUAGUUCUCUACAGAUGACAGUCACAUUUUGAGCUGUUAGUUUUACAAGUUCAAAGGUAGUAAUUUCUUUAUUUUAUUUGGAUUUAUUUUGUGGUAAAAGGAUUAUCAAAAUCCAUGAAACUUUUUUUGGACCAAAAAUAAUUGAAAAAUAUACUUGAACAAGACCUACACUUGUUCAAGAGGUUUCUCUGUAGCUUUAAAGAUUCCAGCUGUCAGAUGUAACAUUUGGAAAGAAAGAAAAUAAAUAAAUUUAGUUCAGGGUAAAUAUGAUGCACGGUCUUUAAAAUCCUGUGAGUCUCAAUGUCACUCUUGUUUUCCUUUCGUCUGUCACAGGAGAGAGAGGAUGAUCAGCGCAAUCUUGUAAUGACCUGGGAGUGUCUCCGUCUCCUUGGUAACGCCCUUGUGGCUCUCAGUGACCUGCGACUGAACCUCAUGAGCCCGGUGCCCCGUCACCUCCAUGUGGUCCGUCCCUUUUCUCACUACGCCACACCGGUCACUCUGCCAGGAGCUGUGCACCACCACAUCCCCGUACAAGUAAGAGGAGACACGAUGAAGCGGUCGACUUGAAACUUUGAUGUAAACACGCUGACCGUAUGUGCCUCUCCAUCCACAGAUGAACUUGGGCGCCACGGUAACAGUUGGGGCGAACAACGCAGAGGGACAAGCCCCGCCCACCCAGUCAGCCAGCCAGUCGGAGCAGGCAGGUCAGGGACAGACCUCCCCCUCACAGACCUCCCCCUCCAAUCAGCAGGCUGGACAGGGACAGGCUGGCCCCCGGGUCAUCAGGAUCAGCCACCAGGCAGUCCCGGUGGUCAUGAUGCAGAUGAACACGGACGGUGUGUUGUCCCCUACCCGCCACUGAUUGAAUGCUCCGCUACGUCACAGCUGUUUGUGUGUCCUAUUAGUGUGCAGCAGUGCUCUGCAGUUAAAUUCAACAAUAAGAGAAUAAGUGCUGAAUGAUCUGAAAACGGGAACUUCAAACCUCAUUCAGUACCCCGAUCGUCUGAGAAAUGAUGACUGUUAUUGCAGCUUCGUGUACAGGGAAUGACUUCAGUCGUGCCCCAGGAAGUUCAUUUGUUUUUUGUUUCUGUUGUGCAGGUGCAGGUCCAGGCGCAAACCCUGCAGCAGCUGGACAGCAAAUACCAGGACAACCAGGUAAAUACACUCAGAGGCAAACCAGACUAGAGGGGCUACUUCUGAAUAGAAACAGUUUGACUUGACUAAUGAAAGAUCAUAGUUUUCACUGAGGGGUGGGAUGAGCAAGGAGACAUUUCAGUGUAGAAUCUGAUAUAGAGUACUGCCAUAAAAAACCUUGUGAAGUGCUGGAAGAGACUCCUCUGUUUAAGACAACAAAUGAUGAGUCUGUCUUUACCUCACAAUUAUCAGUGCUACUAUCAGCUGAGCUCAACUACUGUACAUGUUGGGGAUAACGGAUGGUACCAGAAAAUAGCUACACAUCUGCAUAGAAACUGCACAUUGUUGAAUGCAGUGGAAAUCCCCAUGCAGGAACACAGUUUAGACACUUUCCCUUCUGGAAAUCCCCUCAGAAGACUUUGCCUUUCGUACAAGUGCAAGUUCUACUUUUACUCCCGGUUUUCAAGAAAAGCCAGAAAUAUGGUGGCAUUUUACCAAAGCACAAGACCUGAGAAUAGAUAGAAAAAAGUUUCCUAUUUCUGGGUGUUUUUAUUGGUAAAUCUCAGAUUUCCUACUUAUCUAUCUGUCUGUCUGUCUGUCUGUCUGUCUGUCUGUCUGUCUGUCUGUCUGUCUGUGUCCUCGCAGACAGCUUCAAUGCACCAAUCUUGAAGUGGCCCCUAAUGACCCCUAAUACUGUGUGAACAUGCCAAUAAAUGUGCUAUUGAAGCCUGACCUUUUUAAUACACCUGACCACAAACAUGUUACAUUUUUAUGUAGAAGGGAUUAUGGGUAGAGUGGGAAACUGAGUUAAGAGAGCAGGGAUGUAAUGUGGAGAAAUGUGGUUGGAAUUGAACCUUGGCUGCCUGCUGCUGCAUAACCCAAAGUCAAAAAUGUGUUUUGUGUGAUCUUUUCGCCACCGUUGACCUGGUCAGACAAAAAGAAACUGUUUUUUUGUUUCAGCUAAUUAUCAAUUUAAUUUAUGUUAUCGCGCUCAUGUCCAUCUGUUUCCUCCUUCAGGCGCCCUCCCUCCAGACUUCAUGCGGAAUCUAAUGCAACAGAUCAGUCAGUAUGCAGCUGCUGUAGCUACAAGCGCUGCCACCGCGGGACAUCCGGUCCAGCCUCAGCCCACCCCACCCGGCUACAACUCCACAGCCAACUCCUCCACUACAACCACAGGUCCCAACACACCCACCACCACUCCCACCGCUCCCCCGCCUCCUCCUCAUACGGGCCCCCAGCCGCAAGCCAGGGUUGUGUUCACCCGGCCCCCCUUUGCACCAAACAUGGCCCCUCCAGCCUUUGGCCCUCGGGGGACCACCAUCAAUGUGAGGGCUGCUAUGCCGGGCCAGCAGCCAGGACAGGUGGGGAUGAUGUUUUGUGUCGUGAUAACUGAUCGUUGAAGCAACAAGACAACAUUUUUUGAACCAUAACAAUGUUUUUCUCCACAGGCGUUCAACCCUGCUGCUCUCAACCAGAUGAUUAGUGGUUUGGUUGGACAGCUUCUACUGCCAGGACAAAUGGGUUCGCUUUCAUCCUCACUGGAUUUAGAUUUUGGUGCAUUAAUGGUGUUGAUUUAAAAGAAACUCUCAAUUGUUCACAUUUUCUGUUUUUGUUUCCUUCAGCAGGUCAAACUGUUACAUCUUCCUCCUCCACCUCCACCUCCUCCUCGUCCUCCUUUUCCUCGUCCUCCUCCUCCUCGCAAAAUUCCUCCUCCUCCUCUUCCUUCUCUUUCUCCGGCUCGGGUCCAACACCUCCCCCCAAUGGGAACACUACGGGUCAACCUGAGACCAACUCUGCUGAGCCCCAGGCCCAGGAGAUGCCCCCAGACCUGGGCCAGCUCUUGGGUUCUCUCCUGGGUGUAGCUGGGGGGGCCGCUGUGGGACCUGGAGGAGCCCCUUCAAUUACUGUGACCACAUCAGGGGUCCCAGCCUUCAUCCAGGGAGUGAGCGAAUUCAUGCAGGUCAGUGUUUCAGAGUUCAACGAUGUUCACAUGGUGCUUUACAUUUGAAGCAAAGCCGAGAAACGUCUUAGCAGGGGUCCUAAAUCCUCACCCUUCAUUGUUUUUCCUUUCUAGGCAUCCCAGCCCAUCUUUGCUCCACCCCCACCUGCUUCAGGUACCGCUCCUGCUCCUGGUGCAGGACCCAACCCAGCUCCCAACCCAGCCGGGGCAGCCGAAGCCCUCAACCCAGAGCUGUUCACGGGCAUCGUCCGCGGCGUCCUGAGCACCAUGAUGGGAUCUCUGGGACAGGCCCAGAACGACACAGAGAGCAUCGCACAGUUCAUGCAGAGGCUGUCCCAGGCCACCAACAUCUUCAUCAGCCCUGAGGAUCCCACCGGUAAACAGCAAAGAUGAACAUGAGGAUGUUUACGCAGCAGCAGAGAUGAGGAGAAGAUCAAGAUUACUCGUCGAAAUUUAAACCCUCUUAGAUCUUUUUGUUCAGUCUCGUUUUUUUCUGUUUUCAUGGUUCCCAGGGUUUUUUGGAGAGCUGCUCAUGCUGGUGUGUCAGACUUUCACCAUGUCAGACCUGGUGAUGCUGCUUCAUGGACAGCACCAGCCCCUCGGCCGCAUCCAGCCUCAGCUGUCUCAGUUCUUCACGCAGAACUACCUCAACGGCAGAGAGCCCACGGAUGAAAACAUUGCUGUAAGACGCCCUCCCUAUUCAGAAAUCUGUUUUUUCCAUUAAAAUGUCUUUUUUUUUUAGGUUUUUAACUUCUUCUGCUCUUGUUUGCUGUCCCUCUGUUUGUAUUUUCCUUUCUCUCCUCCAGACUGCUGCUGUCAGUCUCGUCAACGAGCUCGAGGAGUACAUCACUGAGAGCUUUGUAAGUACUUGAUUUCAAAACUCCAGAGUGGCUAAAAUCUGUUGGAUAAAAUUGAUUUCCAGACUCUAACGGCCCUUCUCUCUUUUCGAAUCCCACAGAGAGAGUCCUCGGUCACAGUGUUGGAAGGUGUUGACGCCACUCAGACCAACAUGUCCUUCUUCAGACAACAGCUGACCCUCAUCGCCACUCAUAUCUUGCGAUGUAACGGUAAAUAUAAAAACGAUAGGUUCACUUGGGGUAUAAUUUUUUUAAUCUCAGUUUUUCUUGUGUCUGCAGGACCUCAGUAUCACACUUUUCUUUCUCCUCCCAGAUGACUCCUUUGGGCCCCAGCUGCUGCAGAUGUGUAACCAGGCACUGUUUGAGUGUCUCGCCCUCAACCUGCACUGCCUGAGGGGCGAUCAGAGAGCCCUGACUGCGGUCAUCAACCACAGAAUAGUAAAUACGGCACACUCUCACACUCAUUCACACACUCUUAUCCUUCGCAGGAGGCAUUGAAGAAAUGAAUUGCAGAAGGAAAUGGAGUAAACACGAACACACAAGCUCGAGCAGUUGAAGGAACUUUGAAGAGGCUGUUGCGAAGUGUUAUGUAACAGCGUUCAAACAUAGUAUUUGUUUUUAAAACCUACUUUCACACCAUCACAGGAUAUUUAAAGUGUCAUGUGUGCUUUGACUGAACUUACUCUCAGAAGAAAUUAACUCUUACUAUAAUUAAACAAAUAAGUUUAGGGAACUGAAUGAAUACAGCGAAAAGAGAAGUCACUAAAUCUGCCUCUGAAGUGUUAUUCUGAUUCUUCACAGGUUAUAGAUGUAAAAUAUUUUAAUUGUAAGAGGACAAAAUCACCAGUUUUAAAAUCUAACUAUCUCCUGUUUUUCCAGCGGAGGAUGUCGAGUGACAUCAGCCCCAGCCUGGUCAACUGGAUGACCAGUAUGAUGACCAUGAGGCUGCAGGUCAUUCUGGAGCACAUCCCCGUCUCACAGGAGCAGAUCCAGAACUACAUUGUUUACACACAGGUAACAGAUCAGCUGCUUUGGGAGAGAUCUCACUAAGUUGUGGUUAAGUCAUGCUCAGCUGAUGUGGACACUCAGGCCCUGAGGCUUACACUGGUGAUUUUCAAUCCUUUUUACCUCCUGAGUAGUGUUUCUUCUGUAAUCUGUGUCUGUGUGACUCUAGAUAUCUUAUUUUUCCUUUUCAGCACAGAGUACAAACACAACAAGUUGCAUUUAGAGAAACGAGUCUGUUAUCUGGUGGCUGUAGCAUAUCCUGUUACUUUGGACAGCAUGACUGAAAUGGCUAAUAAAUAUUAAAUGACAUUCUUUCACAGAGAGAUCAGUCUUCCGGAGCUGGCACACAAGAGCCUGAACGAGCACAAAGUGCUGCGGUAAGCACGAGGCGUCUUCGAUGCCCCUUUUUAUGAGUGAAACAUUUUCAGUACUGCUCUACUUUUUCGUUUCUCAUUUUAACUCCACUCCUCCUCCAAAGAUCGGGGACACCCACUCACCGCCUGCAGCCACCACAGCAGAGGAGGCCAUGUCAGUGUCACACGACACGAGGGCAUCGUCACGAGAGGCGCGGGUGUUGCCUGUGGACCUGGGUGCCUCAGGAGGAGCUGCACCGUUAGGUGGCGACAUGGCGGCAGCGGGGGCUGAGGGAGGAAGUGAGGAGUCUGCUCGAGAGUCAGAGGCCUGGGCGGCCGCUGUUCCACCUGUAAGAGUCCACAGUUUGUCAGCUGGUUUAACAUUUGGAUCUGGUUAGUCCAGAGAUCAGUUUGCUCUGCUUUAGUUCAGGCCUGCCUCUAAUCUUUAGAUGAUCAAACAAACAGGAAGCAGCUUUUACAGAAACUAUGUUCUCUGGUGUAAAUACGUCCACUAAAUAACGUUUACUCUGUGUGUGUCAGACAAUAUUCCAGUUUAAAAUGUGCACUGCAAAAAAGGAAUUUCAAGAAAGGAAAACAGCCUUGUACAAAAAAAGUAUUAAUCUUGUCAAGCAUGUUUGGCAUUAGAAAAAUGAUCUUAUUCUAAGAGAAAAUGUCUAACUUUUUCUUGAUAAGUUAUUGCAGCUAAUUUUGAGACAGAAUGAACCAGAAAUAAAGUAGAAAAAUGUUUUACAAUAAAAUCCGGCGGAGCAACAAGAUCAUUCAUCUCAUUUUAAGAGUAAGACUUAUGUACAACUUCUCAAUUUAAGAAUGUCAUGAAACAAGAACAGAACAUAUCACUUAUCGUGCAACCCUGUUAACUCCAGACCCUCACACUCUGUCUGUUCCCUGUUUGUUCCCUGUGUUUUAGGAGUGGGUUCCCAUCAUCAGGUGUGACAUGGUGACCCAGAGGAAGAUGAGGACUCAGCCACCGCUGUCUGACGCCUAUUUGCACGGCAUGCCAGCUAAACGCAGAAAGGUAAUCAGAUGAUUAGGAACCUUACUAAAAAAUACAUCAAUGUUUCAUGUCCACAAAAUCUCUCAGAGUCUGUUUACACGUGUUUUCAGACAGGACUAGGCAGUGGGAGCCUCCUCUCGCUCUCUGACGCAGUGAGUCAGGCGGCCAAAACAGCCGGAGUGAAGCCGAUCACCUCAGCUGAGCAGCUACAAGACGAGCUGGAGACGCAGGAGCUGAAGGAAGCUUAUGCAGAACAGGUAAACUCGUGUGUAUGUGUGAUGAACAUUUGAACAGAUUAAGGACACACAGCGCAUCAUUGAGUGAUCUGUUCCCGCUCACCGCGAUAAUCCUUUUUCCUCUCAGGUGAAAUCAGACAUCAAGAAGCGAGUGAGAGAAGACCAGGAUUUUAACUCCCAGCAGUUCCCCAACUCACACAGAGCUUUCUCAUCAGACUCAUAAUCAUGACAAAGAAAACCUGCAUCCCUGACAUCUUCUUCUUCUUCUUCUUCUUCUUCUUCAUUUGACUACCACUCAGCGCAGCUCCCUUCCUCCCCUCCCUAAACUGUCUGUUGGCCUUCUUAGAGACGCUCUUGACUUAUUGCCUCAUGCUAAUGUGAGUACUCCCCCAGUGCCUAUUUAUUUUUCUGUUGACUUUUUCUCCAACCUCUGCUGAGACUAUUAGGUUGCUAAAAGGCAAAAAUAACACCAGAAUUAAGUUUGACCCAAACAGGUCACUAUACCUCUAUCUGUGCGUCUGUAUUUUUCCCCCUUUUCCUCCUCUUGUUGUUUUAAUAAUUCAGAGCCUGAAUCAUAAUUUAGUCGACUCCUGCUUUCCUCUUAGUACUCUGAAACACAGGAGUAAACUUUCAUGCGAUGAACAUGCUGUUUGGUACAUGAAUGUACAGUAAGCUUAAUAAAAAUCUUGAUACAAUUCAUAUUGUCGCCUUUAUGAGUCGGGAUGUUAAAAGAGCAGAACAGCUCAGGUGAACAGGUAGACGGUGUUGUACCAUAGUUUGUCCACCAGAGGGCACUGACUGAAUUCUCCACCAUUCAGUACUAGAGAUGUCAAAUUAAAAUGGCCUUGAAUUAUUUUAAUGUUCAUACAAAACAAAACAAAUAUAAAUAGAAAGAUGAAUUUCAGAGCAAAGGAAAGAAAUUGCUUUAUUUUCUAUCAGAUUGUUUUAAAAAAGUAGGGGAAAUAAGAUUAACGGGAUAACAUCUCCUGAUUUUUACUCAAAGUUUAUUUUGUAGAUUAAAAGGAUCUGUGCACAUGUUCAAAAAA